AUGGCUGGAGAACGUGGCUACGAAUCAUUGAAAAAUUUGAUGAAAGCGGGAAAUGAAGUUUGCAAUGAAAUAUCUAAAUCUUUACAAGAAAGCACUGUUGCGCAUGCAUUAGAACAGUUAGCUCUUCAGAUAAAUUUGGAAUCGGAAGCUCAUAAACAUCUAGCAAAUACGCUAGUCAAAGAUGUGUCUAUUCCAUUGAAGAAUUGGGCUGACGCACAGUUAAAAGCCAGAAAACCGAUUGAAGAUUGUUUAAACAGUAGAUUUAAAGCAUGGAAAGAUCAAAAAGAAAUAGAUAAAAAAUAUCGUGGACGUUCGUAUGAAAAAACCAAAGAAAUUGAAUUAUUAUAUUCGAAGUUAGAUGAAGCUCCAAAGUCAUCAAAAAGUGUCGCCAAAGACGGAUCAAAAAUGGAAUCAUCAAUAAGAAAAGCUGAAGAUGAGUUAAAAUCAACAGAACGAAAAUACCAUGACGCCACUCGAGAAGUCGAAAUUGCACGACAAGCAUGUGAUAAUGAGAUGUGUAAGGCUUGUGAUCAAAUGGAAAAAAUGGAAAACGAUAGAAUAGAAGAAACAAAUAAAUUUGUUCAGAUAUAUGCUAACAGCAUGUCAACAUUAACAGAUAAAAUGGCUAGAUUAUCAAGAGAAUUAUCUGAAUUAAAAAUCAUUCCACAAGAAGAUAUCAUAUCAGCCGUUAAAUAUUAUAAUAUCAACGUGCCUGAAUCAGAAAUUCUAUUAUAUGACAUUUAUGCCGAAAGUGAACAUAAUGCAAUGACUCAAGAACGACGUUUAAAAAGUUUAUCACAUUGGAUGAAAAUGUUAAAAAGUGAUCUCGAAAUUCAGCAAAAAUCAAAAGAAGGAAUUGAAUCAUUGCACGGAUUUUGUCGGAAAAAUGAAAAUUUUUCAACAAGUGUGCAGUCAGAUCAGAUUUAUUUUAAUCGACGAAGUAUUGAAUUAUUAACUCGUUUAUUUCAAGCAAGUUUAUAUAAAAUAGAAUGUGUUUAUAAUCGACUCAUUAAUGUACAAAGCCCCUAUUUCAAAGAUGAACAACUUUUUACGACUAAUUUCACCAAAGAAGUAUGUAAAAUAUAGAUUCGUAUUAACUUUCAUAUGCCUAGUUGUGCUUAUUUCCAGGGCCACCCAACCACUAUGUUACGU